AUGAGCGUGGUGGCUGUCCUCCUGCUGCUCUUCCCCAUUGCGCCUGCGCUUUCGCCGUCAGCCCAGAUUAUACUGGCCGCGUGCAAGACCGUCGGAGGCGGGAGCACGUACUUCGACGUCCAGUUCUGCGAAGAGGCCCUUGGCUCCGUUGCCGGCUCCGUCCACUCCCUCAACUACCAGCACCUCGGCGGUCUCGCCGUGGGCCUCCUCGCAAACAACGCCACCAGCACGAGGGACAAGAUCAGCCGCCUGCUCCGGGGCGGCGGCGGAGGCGGCGGUGACGUGAAGCUUAAGCCGGAGAACGACGCCGCCGUGGGCUGGUGCCUCCAGUCGUGCUGGUCGUUGUACGGUGGCAUAGUCGAAGACGGGUCUGCCUCCAGCACCGCGAUCAAGGCCGGGAAGUUGGACGAGGCGACGGCGAUCCUGGAGAAGGCGGCGGACGCGGCCAAGAAGUGCGAGGACGGGUUCGGGAAGGGCAGCGUGGCGUCGCCGCUGACGAGGGAGGACGACGACGCGUACAAGCUCGCAAAGCUCGGCGUCGCGUUGCUCCGUUUUGCUUCAGAGGCCGGAAAUAAUCAUUGA